GUUUGAAGCCCCACAGUGCGGAGAAUGUCACCAAAAGCCAAGUGUGUUUCUCAUUCCAGCAGUUGAGUCACCAGCAAGACAUGCCUGAGGUGAGCUCCUCACAUCCGCGUUGGGGCUGGGAGACACGCCUUCUUCUCACACAAACCUUUCAGAUCCCGGCGUCUCAGGCCGGCUGCAAGGGGUGGUGCUACAUGCCCUGCCACGUUCCGUCCUGCUGGGCAGGGCCGGGGACAGAUCCAGGGUCACAGGUUGGAGAUAUAGGAGCUAUCCUCAUGAUCAUCGUCUUGCAAAGGCAGAUGCCGUCCUGCUGCUGGUGUUGAAGGCCAGGAGUUCAAGGCCUCGGGAGAGGGGCAGGAACCCGCUCUGAAAUCUGACACCCAGCCCUGUCGGCCGAGGAAACUUCACAGGCUGGCUGGCCCACCAAGACCAUCACUAUGACCGAUGGGGACUAUGAUUACCUGAUCAAACUCCUGGCCCUCGGAGACUCAGGGGUGGGGAAGACGACAUUUCUUUAUAGAUACACGGACAAUAAAUUCAAUCCCAAAUUCAUCACAACAGUCGGAAUAGACUUUCGGGAAAAACGCGUGGUUUAUAACUCGCAAGGACCAGAUGGAUCUUCAGGGAAAGCAUUUAAGGUGCAUCUUCAGCUUUGGGACACUGCAGGACAAGAACGGUUUCGGAGCCUCACCACCGCGUUUUUCAGAGAUGCCAUGGGCUUCUUAUUAAUGUUUGACCUCACCAGUCAACAGAGCUUCUUAAAUGUCAGAAACUGGAUGAGCCAACUGCAAGCAAAUGCUUAUUGUGAAAAUCCAGAUAUAGUAUUAAUUGGCAACAAGGCAGACCUGCCAGACCAGAGGGAAGUCAACGAACGGCAAGCCCGAGACCUGGCAGACAAAUACGGCAUACCCUACUUUGAAACAAGUGCAGCGACUGGACAGAAUGUGGAGAAAGCUGUGGAGACCCUUCUGGACUUAAUAAUGAAGCGAAUGGAACAGUGUGUAGAGAAGACACAAGUCCCCGGCACCGCCAACGGAGGAAACUCGGGAAAGCUAGAUGGGGAGAAGUCAGCAGAGAAAAAAUGUGCCUGUUAGACUCUACAAGUGAACUGAUAAUCAAGAGCCCCACCCAAAUUUUACUUCCACAAAUGGUGACCAGCCACAAAAUUGUUGUUGAGUAGACCAUGCACAAUGACAUGUCUUUCUUUGUCAGCCAGAAAAUCUAUUUUAAGAAACCACAAUAGUCAACAGUGUGCAAAAGAAUUAAGUAGCUUUCCCUGAGGCCUCUCCAGACAAGAUCAAAGAUUUCCUAAUGAGAUCUCACCAUCAUGGAUGCUUAAUUUGUUUUGCUUAUAAAGAUGAGUAUAUAAGAUAGUGUUCAAGAGGAAAUAUUAAUGAGUUUUUUUAAAUCAGCAAAAUUUACCUUGUCAUAUUGAGGAGAGGAAGAGGAUACUAAAAAGAGAACAUGGAAAGAUGAUUUUUUUUUUUUUUUUUUUUUUUUAUGAUUGGGUAUCCUUCUAUUAAUACCAUUAGGUUUCCAUUGGGGAAAAAUAUAUCAGCUAAAAAUGGAUAAACAAUGAAGAGGUCUAUAUGGUUCCUAAGACUGGCAUUACACCCAAUAAGCUGUACUCGAAUAACUAAAUUACUGAUAAGGUUAUGAGAGGAUGAAUGUCAGAGUUCUGCUAAAAUGUAGGGGAUUGUGUAAUGAUGCCAUUUUUCUAUUCUUAAUAAAUAGCAGGUAGACAAGAACACAACAGUGAAUGACAAAGUACAAAGAAACGACCUGGCAGAAAAAAUGCAAAGAUGUGAACAUGGCAUUUGAGCAGCUGAAAUGAAAUGUAUCUGUUACAGAUGUCUGAGAGAAUUGUUCAGCCAAAUUUUACUCAAGCCAAUUAGAAGGCGACAUUAUCAGUUGGGAUUAAGAGAAUCACCAGAGGUUUUAAUUUCAAACAAACUUUUAGAAAUUGGUUCAGUAUUCAGCAUCACGUUUCAUUUUUUUCUCAGCAAAUGUUGAUAAAUAGCCCCAAGGAGAAAUUAAGGAUUGCUGUUGAUUAAACAUUUCUUUCAAAAACUAGCCUUAGCCAUUUUUGUUUUAGAAAAAUAUUCUGGUAUCCCUUGAAACAGAACAUGACUAUUAAUUAUGUGUUUCCUUUUAAUUUAUAAGGGCAUUGGAAACAUAAACCACACUCCUUUCCUCUCACCCACCCACACCUGUGACUUUAAAUCAAUUUUAGAAAAGCAAGUAUUUUACUUUGUAGAUCAACAAUUUCAGAAUAAUGAUGGAUCAACUCUAUGGUCACUCUGAAUUUUCACCGUCACUAAGCACAUACAAAUUGAUGAUACCUCAUGCUGUAUUACAGUACAUUUAGCAUUUGUUUUUAUUUUGCCUAUUAAGGUCAAAAUACGCAUGGCUGAGCUAUAUUUGGGGAUUGGGUAUGGAUGGAGCUAUCUCUUAUGUCACCAAAAAUUUGGUUAAUUGCUUUAUUUUUCAUGUAAAACUGCCUUUUUUUCCUCAAAAAAUGAUCACAAAACUAUUUUCCAUUGGCCUAUUUUUAUUAUUGUGUCUAAACUAGUAUAUUUCUUUUUGAUCUCAAUUUAUGAUAAGCAUGAGCCAUUCCUAUCAAAUGGAUGAUUAUUUAAAUAUUUCAGUCAGUUUUAUCAAUAACUUAUGACUCAUAUAUUCUCUGUAACAAAGGCAAGUCACUUCAAGUUUUCUCUCUUCCUUAUGAGGAUAUGAUUUUUUAACUGGAUGGCUCUUCUUUCUAUAUAAUUUGCCAAUGAAACCUCGUUUUUCCAUACUCUGUGCAUAAUUUUUUGUUAAGUUACAAAAGCAUGGGACACCGUAAAUUACAGUUCCCCUUUCAAUUCCUCUCUACAACUUCCACCUGGCUUUACAUCAAUUUUAGAAACACAGACACAUCCAAGGAAAUGUCUUUUUGUCAUGUUCUUAGGGUGGAAUAGAUCCAGAAAUGUGUCAUGAAUAACAGCAGUUUGGAGGCUUUAAUAGGGUUAGCCUGGUGAAAACCUCAGUGUUACUCCCUCAUUCCUCUGCUUUCUGCAGCACCGUGCCAACCUCUAAGAUUAAUCAUGGUUGGGUGUUUUCUCUAUGAUAGUCCUCCUGAUAUCAAUGUGCCAUGAAGAUAGAAAGCUAUUAGCUAAUAGUUAAGAUGUUUCUUCUAGAAGGAAAAUGGGCAGAAGCAAUACAACUAUUGCUGUGGCAAAAUCUGGUGAACUUUUGUGAUUAUUAUAGCAAUUUCUUUUUUGGAUUCUAAUUGUAAUAUCCCCUGCAUUUCUGUAAUAGGGAGUGUUUGGCCUUUAUAAAGCCCUAAAGGUAUUCUAUUUUUGCUUCUAUGUCUUUUUGUGUUCUCUCAUUUUUUAGCUAUAUGAUUGAUUUACUUAUGCCAAGAUUCUGUCAUUGUCAGUUAUUUAACGAGCAUUUAUGGGGGUCUGUUUUAAGAUGAUGUUAUUUGAUAGCUGUAGCAUGAAACAGAGGGUGGUGAUGCCCAUAAUUAUAGAACCAUGCCUGUAAAAAUAAUUAUUGAGUAAUAAUCUCAAGAGGAAUGAAAUUUAAAACAGACAAGGAAGUUAAUUUAAAAAUAUCGUUCUAUUUGUAAAUAAAAUACUUGAUCCAAAAAAAUGUAUUCUCUAUAAAGUUUGACAUCUGACCACCAAUUCCAUGUAACCAUCAUGAGAAAUUCCUUCACUCAUUAUUUCAAAAUCAAUAGUUCUGUAUAAUUCAUUUUAUAAUUUCAGACUGAUCUGGUGCCAUGAAGUAUACAGACUCCUUUAAAGAAUUGUAGACCCUUUUAGCCCAUAAUAGCAUGUACUUUUACCCAAGAUGUGUCCUGUUACUGAUUAUCUCCCAAAUGCUUUAGUAAAUCCUAUUGUAAGUUGGCAAAAUAUUUAAAAUGUAUGUGAAACUCCUUUUUUGGAUAUAGAAACCAUGUCUGUAGUGUUUAUAUUGGUUUGGUGUUUACAUAGCUCUAAUACAGUGCCUCAGAUACCUCUGUGACCAAAUUUAUCUCCAGCCAUGCAGGUCAUUUUCUAUAAUGUUCUAUUCUAUGGAAGCCUCUCAGAGACUCCAACACAGCUAUAGGCCUUCUGAUGCCUUCAGCAAAGGAUGCAAGGACUUUGUUGGAAUCUGGAGACUACUACCACCAUCUGGUCUCCUAGCUCACUUCUCAUGGAGUAGGCAUUCCUUGAGACACUUAACCAUAAUUAGAUACAGGGUUAGUUAGCUUCUUUUUUUUAUUAUUAUUAUUGUUGUUGUAGUUUAAGUGAAAGUUUACAAUUCAAGUUAGUUUCUCAUACAAAAAUUUAUACAUACAU